AAAAAAACAAAAACAAAAACAAAGAAGCAUUCCUUCGGGGGGAAAAAAACGCACAUGAAACAGGUUUUAAUAAUAAUAUGCUUGUUGUUAUAUACCACAACAACAACAUGUUUGUUUUUGAAAUCAUCAGAAGGUGCUACAAUUAGUAGACAUGAUUUCCCAGAUGGCUUUACAUUUGGAACCGCUUCUUCUGCCUUCCAGUUUGAAGGUGCAGUUGAUGAAGGAAAUAAAGGAGAUAGUAUUUGGGAUACUUUCUCAAGACUUCCUGGAAGAAUAUUGGAUUUUAGCAAUGCCGAUCAAGCUGUGGAUCAGUAUCAUCGCUUCAAGACAGAUAUUGAAUUGAUGAAGAAUCUGGGAGUGGAUGCUUAUAGAUUCUCAAUAUCUUGGUCAAGAAUAUUUCCAAAUGGAACGGGCAAACCGAAUCCAAAAGGGAUUGAAUACUACAGUAACCUCAUUGAUUCUUUAUUAGAAAAAGGAAUUCAACCUUAUGCAACCUUGUAUCACUGGGAUCUUCCACAGAUGCUUGAAGAUAAAUAUGAUGGAUGGUUGGACACUCAAAUAAUAGAGGACUUUAAGCAUUAUGCUUUCACAUGUUUUGAGGCAUUUGGGGAUAGAGUGAAACACUGGAUCACCUUUAACGAGCCUCAUGGAUUUUCGAUACAAGGCUACGAUUAUGGUAUUCAAGCACCAGGGAGGUGCUCUUUUCUCUUCCAUUUGUUAUGUAAGAAGGGAAAAUCUUCUGAAGAGCCAUACAUUGUAGCUCACAAUAUUCUGUUGUCUCAUGCUGCUGUUUAUCAUGGUUACCAAAAAAAAUUCAAGGAAAAACAAGGAGGUUUAAUUGGGAUAUCAUUAGAUAUCAAAUGGUAUGAGCCUUACUCCGAUUCUGAUGAGGAUCAAGAGGCUGCAACUCGAGCAAUGGAUUUUGGACUUGGCUGGUUUCUUGAUCCUCUUUUGCUCGGGAACUAUCCUCUUUCAAUGCGAACGUUAGUAAGUGAUCGACUACCAGAGAUCACCCCUGAGAUUUCAGAAUUUUUCAUGGGCACCUUGGACUUCGUUGGCAUCAACCAUUAUACUUCCUUGUAUGCCAAAAAUGACAAGACCGGUAUCCGAAAAUUCAUAAUGCGUGAUGCUUCCAGUGAUCCUGCUGUUAUUACCUCUACUUCCAGAAAUGGGGAAUCCAUUGGAGAAACGGCUGCUUCUAGUUGGCUACGCAUUGUACCAUGGGGAUUAAGAAAGUUAGCAGUAUACAUUAAAGAAAAAUAUGGGAACCCACCAGUUAUCAUCACCGAAAAUGGUAUGGAUGACCCAAACAAAUCUAGUAUAAAGUUAGACGAAGCAUUGCUGGAUGAAAAGAGGAUAAAUUAUCACAGGGACUAUUUGUCGAAUUUAUCAGCUGCUAUUAGGGAAGAUGGCUGUGACGUGCGUGGUUAUUUCGUGUGGUCACUACUCGACAACUGGGAAUGGAACUACGGGUAUACUGUCCGUUUUGGUCUGUAUUAUGUGGACUACAAAAAUAAUCUGACAAGGAUCCCAAAGUCUUCUGUCAACUGGUUCAAAGGUGUUCUGAAAUUGGAGAGUAAUAUAAGCUCAUUAACAAUAUAGAAAAUAAUCAUCAAUAUGUAGUAUCAUACCAUUAUACGUAUAACGUUACAGAAAAAAUAUAUUUGGGAGGGGGGGACAGAGGAGAAAGAUAGAAGUGUACAUGAAGAACAAAUGAAUCCCGUCCCCUAGGCGGCUUAUCUGACUUGUAAAGUCGUACAGCACUUGUAAUUGUUUGACAUGAAUGAGACUGAUAACUCAGCUCGCUUACUAAUGGACUGAUUUGAUUUA